AUGAAAGUUGCUCUGCUUAUUCUCGGAUUUUGUGGCAUCGUCGUUGCCACUUUUGCGGCAAGCUCAACGUGGGGUGUAAGGAAUGAAACCGAUUCAGUUAUAAUCCAACAGAGGCUGCUUUACCCAGCUAUAGCAAAUAAGGCGCAGACCGUUUACUUCGAUUUACCAGCGUCGAACCAAAGCAAUAGCAAAAUAAUUAGUGCAAUCUACGUGCUAGAUCAAUUCCAAAAUAGUACAGGACCAACAAAUACCUUAGUUUGGGGUGGACCAGGUUGGACUUAUGCCUCUAUACAAUUGCGUACAUCCACCAGCAUUGGUCUAAAUGUUACCGCUGUUGUUUAUGGCAAAUAA